AUGAGUAGAGUAUACACGUCCAUCAACUGUGAGUCAACCGUUUUUGACGUAGAAUUUCAUCCCAAAUUGGACAUCAUAUGUGCUGGCCUAUUCGAUGGGAACUUAUUAUUAUAUAAAUUAAAGGAAGAAAAAAAAAAAUUUGAAAAAAAAUGGAACAUAUACAACCACAAAAAAACAGUAAGUUGUGUCUCCUUUUCGAGUAAUGGAAAGAAAAUACUAGCAGCGUCGUCUGACAAUAAAUGCUCCCUGACAGACAUUACCGGCAAGCUGAUUUGGACCAACACAUGUCACAACCAUUCCGUGUGCUCAGUUCUGUUUACAAGUUCAAAUACGUUUUUAACGGCUGACGAAACGGGGAUUAUAAAACACUGGGAUGAGAGAGAUGAAUCGAAAAAACCGAUUCACAAAACAAAACAAUUUGAUGAUACCAUUUCAAGUAUGGUUUUAAAUGCCGAUGAGAAAUCUGUUAUCGUUUCUUCUGGAGGUUACAUAGCCCUUUUUGAUAUUCUAAAUAAAAAAAAAAUUGUCACUCAUAGUGUAUCGGAAGAAUAUAAGGAUGAAUUUUUGUGUUCCAAUUUACUGGGACAUAAUGCAAAAAUUGUGUGUACUACUAUGAAUGGGAAUAUUACCAUUUUUUCAAAACAACCUUGGGCUAACAUGGAGGGCAAAAUAAAAGCCAGCAAAGAUAUGAUAAGCACAUUUGUGAAGCUCGAUGAGUAUACCAUUCUCUUUGGCACGGCUGAUGGGUGUAUAAAGGUUGCUCAUAUUUUACCCAACAAAAUGGGGGAUGUUAUUGCCAGGCAGGAAGGUGGUGACAGUGUUGAAAAAUUAGCAAUUAACAAAAAAAAAAAACUCCUUGCUAGCAUAUCGCACAAUAAUUCCAUUCAUUUUUAUCCAAUUCAUAUGGAUAGUUCGAAUAUAUCGGGCAAAAUCAAAAAAAAGAAAAAGUCCUUCUUCCACGAUUUGUAG